AUGGGUAAUGAUGGAGGAAGCAUCCCUGACAGAAGAGACCUGGUGAGGAACAAGCCCAAGGCUGAACAGGCCGACAAGGCAAACCAAACCAAGGCCCGAUGGUUCUAUUGUGCUUUAUCCAAGCGAAAGCUGCAAGAACCUGUUGUUUCCUGCGCUCUUGGCAAACUCUACAACAAAGAUGCCAUAAUAGAAUAUCUUCUGGACAAGUCGGCGUAUGGAGAUGGCGAGGAGAUUUGUGGACAUAUCAGGUCGUUAAAAGAUGUCAAGACUCUAACACUUGCGCCUAACCCGGCACCUGCUUCGUCCGACGCCUCUGCUGACUCAACAGACCGACCUCAAUUCGUAUGCCCUUUGACGCUCAAAGAGAUGAAUGGUGUUCAGCCAUUCAUUUACAUCUCGACCUGCGGCUGUGUUUUCUCUCAAGCGGGCUUUAAGACAGUCACCGCGGCUGGUUCACCGAAGGAGAAAGAUUCGACACCUCCUAAAGGAGAAGAAAAGGGAGACUCGUCGCUCAACCUCUGUCCCCAAUGUGCUAAGAAGUAUGCAGACGACGACAUCAUUCAGCUCAAUCCGUCGCCUGAGGAAGAGCAGGCCCUGCGAUUUGCUCUUGAGCGUAAGCGAUUACUUGAGCCGUCCAAGAAGAAGUCGAAAAAGAGAAAGAACGAUGCUUCGCCUGAAGAAAGUGAACCUCCAACGAAAAAACCAGCUCUCCCAGGUCCGAGUCUCAACCCUGCUAUUGCGGGUGCGAGCCGCGCGGUGGUGAAUGAGCUUGCGAAAGAGGAGGCAAAGCGGAAGGCCAAUAUGAGUGCCGCUGUGAAGAGCUUAUAUGGGGAUGGGACAAAGCGGAAGGAGACGUUCAUGACGAUGGGGACAUUUACGAGGUAUGCGUAA